AUGAAGGAUGGCACUGUUGUGGCGUGGGGGGAUGCCGACUGGGGUGGCGACACCUCAGCGGUCAUGGAGGAGUUGAAGGGAGUCAGUCAGGACGGAUCCGUUGUCACCUGGGGCGACGCAGAUUGGGGAGGGAACGCCGCGUCCGUGCAAAACCAACUCUACAUGAUCUCCUGGGUUUCGGGAACCUUUCGCGCCUUCCUGGAACUGCGGGAGAGUGGCACAUUUUAUCUUGGGGAUGAUGUGGAUGGGUCGGUUGUCACUUGGGGAGACCCAAAGUGCGGUGGCGACUCUUCAAGAGUCAGACAGGAGCUAAGAGGAGUGGUGGAGGUUUGCCACACAGCAGGUGCAUUUGCCGCACUGAAGGCAGAUGGUUCUGUUGUUGCGUGGGGCGACCCAGCAUGUGGAGGCGACAAUUCAAGCGUGCACAAGCUGUGCAAAGCUGCAAGACAGAUGUUCGGAUUGUACAAGGUGUUUGCAUGCAUCAUGGAAGAUGGAUCCGUGUCAAUUUGGGGAGAUGACACGCUGUGCAAAGACAUGACACACCUACAAAACAUUACUGCGGUGUCUGGCACUGCCAAAGCAUGCGCUGCGAUUGUUGCAGAUGGGUCGGUGGUGGCAUGGGGCGAGGAAAGGUGGGGUGGCGACUGCUCGGAGGUUGCUUCCCAGCUUCAGGAGGUGCAGCAGAUCUGCGCCACAGGCGGGGCUUUCGCAGCCAGGACACAGCGCGGGGCUGUGAUAACUUGGGGCGAUGCUACCAGUGGGGGCGACUCUCUGGAAGUGUGGGACCAGCUUUCGGAUGGCGUCGUCGAUUUGAGCCAUACGAGCAGCGCCUUCGCUGCCAGGAAGGAGGAUGGCUCAGUUGUGACAUGGGGCAACGAGGAGUUGGGCGGUAACUCAUUCGAGCUUUCUUACGAGCUGAAUGAUGGCGUGGUGCAGCUGUGCGGCAACGGAGGGGCUUUUGCGGCCCGGAAGACAGAUGGCACAGUUGUAUGCUGGGGAGAUUCGAGCGCUGGUGCCAACGUGAGACUUCAGAACAUCACCGACAUAUGCUGCACUUACCGGGCCUUUGCUGCCGUGAAGGAGAAUGGCUCAGUCGUGGCUUGGGGUGAUCCGAAUUGCGGAGGAGACUGCUCCAAGGUUGCAGCUUCACUGCGGGGAGAAGUGGUACACCUUUGCGGAACUUUUGGGGCCUUCGCUGCGGUCAAGAAAGACGGGUAUUCAGUUGAUGCAAGCUUCGUUAACAAAGCUGGCAUUGACGCCAGCGACCUUUUUCAGAAGCUGGAUGUCGCUUGCAACGGCUACCUGAGGUAUGACGAAGUCAGCCUCAUGGCUUAUGCCUUCGACCCUGAGCUUACAGGACAACAGUUGGACAACUUGUUUCGGCACUUCGACCCCCGGGGCUGCGGUAUGGUGGACGUGGAAGGCUUUAAGCGGUGUUUGGGCUUUCUCGUGACGGGCGAGGAGCAGAGAUGCAGCGUCCAAGAUGCCUUCACCAUUUUCGACACCAAUCGCAAUGGGUUCCUCGAUCAGAACGAGUUCUACAGAUUCUUGGUGUCCUGCGAUUGCAAAGCAGCCCACCUAGUCAGCCAACGAGAGAGCGAUCUGAUCUUCGCCGAGGUCUCCAGGAACACGGGCCGGGUGGAUGUAAAUACCUUUGCCCAGGCCUUUGCCAUCAACCCUGGCUCCCUGGCGUGGCUGCCUGAGAGUAAGGGGCUGCUUUGGAGAAAGUGGCAGGCGCUGGAAGAUGCGGGUUCUGAUUUGGGAGGGUUCGCAGCGGUGACUACUUCUGUUCAGCAUGAGCACGUGCCGCCUCACAUUGUCCUGACCCGCUGCGGUUUCGGUGCGGAGUGUCGGCCCAGACUUUCUCAAGAUGUCCACAGCAGCUUCUAUCAUGCCGCCUUCGGGGCCGCCACAGAGAAGCUGGAGGCUUUCGAUGCCCAGGGCCUUGCCAACCUUGCCUGGGCAGUGGCUGCGCUCAGAGCCCCACACUGCGCCCGGCCGUUGCUGUCGGGCAUCCGAGAAGCAGCGGCUAGAGAUGUAGUUGGACGACGCGCCGCCUCGGUAAGCCUGCCAUCAGAGGCAAGGACGCUGGCAUUUAGCCUAUUGGCCCUCACGUGGGCUUUGAGCUUCAGCAAGGAGCUGGACUCAAAUCUGGAGGACCUUAUUUGGCAUGCCCUGUCGGAGAUGGCCAGAGUCCUGGACACAGGAACGAGGUUCUGCGAGGCGGUGAGGCGAGCACAGCCUACAACCCGAGAUGUGGACAUCCCUCUUCCACAAGCACUUGUCGACAGCCCCGGUAUGCUGGUUGUCCUGAAGCCGCCUGGGUGGGAGGUAGACACAUCCAUGGAUCAAACAGAUGCCUACUGCCUCUCGACUCACCUGCAAGCGCUCCGAACUAUGCAGGACUCUCCGGUGCUCCAUUUGUACAGCUAUGGUUUCGGAUUCAUCCACAGAUUGGACGUCGCCAGUUCCGGGUUGGUGCUAGCAGCCACCACCUUUCAGGGCCUGCUGCGGCUGCAACUGCAAAAGGCUCUCAAUCGAAUUGACAGAGAGUAUAUUGUGUUGUGCUACGGGCUGGACCCUCAUCCAAAGCACGCGGUGGAUGUGGAUGUCACAGUGAAGGGGUGGUUGAAGGCUUCCAGGACUCUCACAGAUGACACGGGCCUCCCAGCAGAAUCCAGGCUAUGCUCGGUUGCGCACUUGCGGCAUCCUAUGCCAAGUUGUAUGUCUGCAGUUGCCAUUCAGAUCUUCACAGGGCGUAGACAUCAAAUUCGCGCUCACACUCGCUCGAUCAGGCAUCCAACAGUGUGUGAUGCCUGGUACGCCCCGAGUGACGUUUACUUGGUGGAGCGUGAGCUGCUUGGGCCAGCGCCCAUGCGAGCUUGGGUGCGCACUCCAAGGCUCACAGUGAACCAAGGAAGCGUGACAUAUUCUCACCAAUCACGUAUUCUGCCUUGGCGCUUGCCCAUGAAAGUACUUGGUACCGUGGUUUCUCAACCAUAA